UCAUGCUCGAUAUUCAGAGGCAGUGAGAGGUGAAAUGGCGUCUGCAAACAUCCAGCCGAGAAUCCAGAAUGAAGAGAAAGAUUUGGAGCUGCUUCAGCAGGAGGUGGAGGCCAUCAAUCUCUCUGCUGAUAAAGCAGUGAGGGAAUGUACUGAAUUAGUCAAACUCAUUGAGCAAAGAAGUUCUGAUGUGAAGCAGAAGAUUAAAUCCCGGCAGGAAUAUGAAGUGAGUCGGGUCAAAGAGAUUCAGGAGAUGCUGCAGAAGAGAAUCAGUGAUCUGAAGAGGAAAAACACUGAGCUGGAGAAACUCUCUCAAAAACCAUUCAGAUUAAAUACUGGUCCUGUACGAUACUUCAAGGAUGUGACAGCAGCUGUGUCAGAGGCCAGAGGUAAAGUACUGGAGAGCUUUAAUAAGGAAUCGAAGAAGAUCUCAGAGAAAGUGACUGAAGUGGAUGUUAAAUUGUUGCCAGACUCCCAUACCAAAGCUGAGCUUUCACAAUAUGCAGCCCCCAAAAAUCUUCUCAAACUGGAUCCAAACACAGCGAGCAUGCGGAUACAAUUAUCUGAAGAUAACAUGAAGGCAACCAAAGUGAAAGAGCCACAGUCAUAUGAUGACCACGUAGACAGAUUCAUGGCUAGGUCUCAGGUUCUGUGUGGAAAGGUUCUGACUAAUCGUUGUUACUGGGAAGUGGAGUGGAGUGGUUCAGGAGUUUCAGUAGCAGUCGCAUACAGAGAUGUUCCCAGAACAGGAGAGGAAAGUGCAUUCGGGAACAAUGACAAGUCUUGGGCACUAAGGUUUAAUAAAAGUGGUUGGAAUUUCAAACACAACGGUGUAACAAAGGCCAUUCCUGUUCCUGUCCCUGAAUCCUCAAGGAUUGGUGUUUUCUUGGAUCAAAAGGCAGGUGUUCUGUUCUUCUACAGCGUCUCUGAAACCAUCAACAUCGUCCACAGAGUGCACACCAAUUUCACUCAGCCGCUCUAUGCUGGACUCUUUUUUCAUAACUAUGGAUCUUCUGCUACAUUUUGUGAACCACAGUCAAGUGAGCCUGGUCCUGGUCCUGGUCCUGUGUUGAAGGCUGUCACACUGGUUGCCAGGAAGGAGAACAGUUAA